GUAGAAGAAGCGAUGUUGAAACAGGUAAAAAUGCAGCUACGAUGUGCAUAAAAGCUUUACAACGAACAUAUUCAGACGAGAGACAGUUCUUCUUAAGCGACAUCCUUCGAACAGAAAAGAAAAAUGAAUCGUGCGGCUUUCGUACCCACAAGUAAGAAUGCGGUCGCUUGUAUACUGCAGCGCGCGGAGCCGGCGAGCGUUGCGAUAUCAGCAUCCUUGUCGCAACGUCCUCGAAUCAUCAUGCCACAGCCACGCCGGAUGCCAUUCAAGUACUCAGAGCAUGACAAGAUGUUCGAUGACCGACAUAAGAACCCUGCAGUGAAGAAAAUCGAAAAGGAAGAUGCUCACGGCGAGGAUAUUGUUGAAGAUAAGGCGGCGUCAUCGUCUUCAUUCUCAUCCCCGUUAGCCUUUCCAGAGGAGGAUCCACUGACUGACGGCUUGGUGAGAGUUGCAAGAGAUAAUCUAGGUGGAAAGGUUUUGCGGGUGUGCUCGACGUUUGAAGACCUCUUCUACCACGUUCGACGCUCGUUCAAGCGACUGCAUGGCACAGGGCGUCGGAAUCUGCCACGUACCAAGAUCCAUGGCGCACAGUUCUUGCAAAUGCUUUACAACUUACGACUGGUGCCACCGAAACCUGCUACAAACAAUAACAACACGAUACUAGCAGCCUCUGGUGACAGCGUCAGUUGUAACAUUUCUACGAGAAGAGCUUGGGCCGUUCGUGGGCUGACAACGGAGUCAAUGAUCGCAGCAGUGCUGGAGGAGAACAACAAGAAGCCACUCAGACCCGGCGUGCACGCGUCUCCUGGCAACGCGACUGAAGUAGAAGCCCCUUUCUUUUGCACUGGACGUCGACGCUCAGGGAGAAGAAAACAUCUGUUGAGGAAAGUAUCUGCUAACGCAGAGAGGAAAAAGCUUUGUUUGGAACAUGCAGAUGAAAAUUUUGAAUGUGAACACGAGAACGAAAAGAAGAGAAUUUCUUCUUCUUUCACUGAUGGACUGUCAAUGAAGAAUUUGCAGCAUCAUAGAGUAACGAACACGCGAGGUCAGCGCAAAGCAAAGCCCAUGACGGAAGAGCAGCGUGACGAGCAGCGGCUAGCAAGGAUAGGUACGCACAACGACCCGAAAAAGGAGCUCAUGUCGUCACCCGAACUGCUCGAUUUGAUGAUACAUCGCGGUUACUAUUGCAAAUUUAUCGAGAAAAAAGUCAACUCAGCUGGUCCCGGUCGACCACCGAAAUUGUCACUGGAGGAUUGCAAACGAUGGGCAGCAUAUUUCUAUCUCCUCAAGCUUAAGCGGGACGAAGCUGCUGUGGUGGCGCAAAAGAAUAACAGCUCGCAGACUCAGACAAGUAAAGCUAUGAUAGGCUCCUCUACGUCCACUGCGAGGAGCAAGCCAGACUCGAGAGUAGAACACCGCAACAACAGUACUCAAGACAUCAAAUACAAGUAUCUGCAUCCGAAGACGUUCGACCCGCUCGCCGCAGAGAAAUUAGGGUUGAAAAUCACAACGCAGCGGAGGCCAAGUACACGCUACAAGAAUCGACCACGGGAGCAGCCGCGAUGUGUCUACUAGUACAGCUACUUGUUACAACCUCCUGUCGCGAUCUUCUAUUUUUCUCGAUGAAGAAGUAUGUACUUGUAGAUCAUGCAGCUGGCUUUCAUGGACGACGUACGUUGUUGCUACUUUUAUCACGCAAUCCGCAAUUCCAAUAUUUAUUGGUCCGCCGGAGCAUAGGAAAAUCUCAUCCGGCGUUGUCGGCAUUGAUCGCUGUGCCUAGCCCUCUAGAGGUAUAAGUGUUCGUCGUCAACAUAGAAUGAGG